UGGCGGCGGCGGCAGCAACUCCUGCGGGCUGGGAGGCCCGGGGCGCACAGGCUCGCCAUUGGUGGGCGCCGGGAAGAUGAACACAGGCGGCGCCAGCAAGGUGGGUGCGGGCCUCCGGGGCCUGGGAGCUGGAUGCAUCCGCCCUGGCGGAGGCGGCGGGGAGCCCCUGGGCCCUGAGAGCGCGACUGCGCGCCGUCGGGGCGCCCCGACGCCUCCGCCAGCUCCACUGAAGCGAAAUUGGCGUUCAGGGCCAUUAGGGGGUCUCACCCAGUCAAAUUUCGGCUUCGAGCCUACAAAGGUGGUGUAGGAUGGAGGAGUAAGGGUCCGGGCGUGGGACGCAGGCGCCGAGGGUGGUCCAGAACACCCCUCGCCGUCUCCAUCACCGCCUUCUGCUUCAUGAGUUCCCCGAGGGACCUCUCCCGAGGGGCGAGAGGCCCCAGGAGCCAGGGGUCCCUGCUUCAGGACCUCAGCGUAGGAGAUGGUGCCCGAGGCGGCGGCGAAGAGUCCUCCUCCGCCGCCGCCCCCGAGAGAGGCUUUGGCCGCUAAGGAACUCGACGCUGCCGCAGGGGACAGCUGGGGCCCUGACUUGAAGGUGACUUUACACAACAGGCUCAGGCCGGGCUCGGAGGCCACAGGCCGGGCCAUUUCGCCCUCGCCUGCUUGGGGAGGUGCCCCUCUGCCGGUCAUCUGGCCCUCGCUACCGUGCCUGGCCUGGCUUUCUGUAGGGGUUGCGGCGGACGUGGCCAGAGCAGGAGUGCUUCUGCGUUCUGGGGGCUGCGGGUCGGAAGGUGUCGGUAGUGGCGGCUCCAAGGGCGGCGGAGUCGGGGAUGGGGCCCUCGGGACAGGGUCGGGGUCCUCUCCGGUUAGUUGCUGGGGCGGCGGCGGCAGCGGGCGGAGGUUGGGAGGGUCGCCCUGGCUGCGAUGGCUUGCCUCCAGCAGACCGCGGAUCCGGGGCACCGAAGUGCCUGUGGGUUUUCGCCACUUAGAUGGCGCGGGCAGCAGGGUCCCCACGGGGGACGGGGGUGGUGUGGAGACCGCGGCCGCAGUCGCCUCCUCUGAAGGGGGCGUCACUGGCGAGGGCAGUUCUAAGGUCAGGGGCAGGGGUGAGGGUGAGGCCUGGGGCUCUGGGGGUACCAGGAGGCCCGGGGACGUGGAGCUGCCAGGGAACCAGACGCCCAGCCCGCGAGCCAGGCGCAUGGCCGGGGAGGAGGGGGUCCCCUUGGGCUCCAACAGUGAUGUCCGGCGGGAGUCGGAGGACGGGUCCAAGGCCUGCUCUUUUCGGGAGCCCCCACCCGCGGACGACUCCGACUGCACGUUCCCCAUUUCUGACGGAGGUCAGGGGCUGUGGUCAGAAAAACUUCCGCCAGUCAAUCUGCCAGGGCUGUGGGAACCCCACGAGGCUGGCUGUACUUGGUCCUAUCCGUCAGCGCCAACCCCGCCCUUGUCCUCCACGAUCCACUCAGGCACUAGUCUCUCCCCGCAUUCCUGUUCCGUGACUCUUGAUGUUCACAUCUUCUUCCCCGUGGCCCCAUACAGUUGCUGUUCAGAUACUUAGUCCUCCAUCUUCCUAGUGUACUAAGGUUGGGUCCCUGUCUCCCUGGCUGGUCCCUCGUAUCACAUCCCUACACUUUGACCACGUCUCAGGUCUCUAAGCUCCAAGACACAGGUCUUGCCCGCUUUCCUGUCAGUCACUCGGGCCACAUCACUCAUGAUGGUUGUGCUCUGUAGCCUAUAAGGCCUACAAAGAGUUCAAGCUUUUCUCCCUGGACUCUAAAUAGGCUCCAGAGGCCCAGGCCCCGCCCCCGCCCUGUGGUCCCGCCCCGAUUGUCAGAGAAUCUGGCCUUCACAACACCUCCCGCCCCAGGUCUGGCCCCGCCUCCGCUUAACAAAUUCCCGGUAUUCUUGUCAGGCUAACCGCUCAGUCACCACCUCUAACCCUCAGAUCUCUCUCUCUGUGUUGAUCAUUUGGUCCUGCCCUCUUCCCAGGCUUUAGUCCUAAAUUUCUUUUCCCGCUCCUGGUCUAGCUGCAGGCCUCACUCUCAGGCCCCACCCCUUUACCCAAGCUCCGUCCUGGCUACUCCUUCGCUCAGAGGAUCCCACUCACCGACUCCUCCAGCUGACCAAAGUUCAGACCGCGGCUCCCUGGGCCCAGGGCAGGGCGGGGAACGGCCGUAGCAGAAAAUAACCGAAAAGAACGGGGUUGCGGGUGAAGGCAAGUGGGCGAGACUGCGAGGGCGGACCCCGAGAUCUAGGCCACGCCCCCGGGCUCGAGGCCCCGCCCUCCUUGAGCCAGCUUGGGCACGGCCCCUUACGAACCCGGUUCUCCCUUUGAAAUACUCGGGAGUCUUCUUCCCCGCCCCCAAGCCUUGUAGUCCUAGGCCCCACCCCUAUAGAACGUUUUAAGCCCCUCCCCUUUAUAAUGCCCCGCCCCUCUCCGUUAGUCUCUCUCCCGAAGCCCCGCCCAUUACAAACACUGCUACGUAGCUCCUCCCUUUUGGAGCUCUCCGACGUCCAGCCCCUAAAGACAAUUUACUUAUAAGCUCCGCCCCCUUAGGACUUGGAAACCUCUCUUCCCUAGACCCUCUCCUUGCUCGGGCCCGCCCAGAAGGUCCUUCCUCCGUGGACCCGCCCCUUUCUUGACGCACGCGCUUGUCCGCGCCUUCGGCGUCCUCACCCUCUCCUUCCCCCUUUCCUUCCCCCAGGUCCUCCGACCCCGCCUCCUUGCAAAUGCUCCCUUCUUGCCCCACCCCUUUUCGAACCUAGCCGGGCACCCAGCCCCUCCCAUUUAGAACCCAAAACGUAGACCCUUGCCUCUUUAGAACCUUGAGACCAGGCUCCGUCCCGGACCCCUUCCUCAUAUCCUCAGGGACCAAUGGCGCGGAUGGGUGGGAAAGUAGGGGAUCCUCUCUGGAUCCUGAGAAAAUGCGGGCUGGGGGGCUGUUCGCUGGAGCCAGUGCCGGGCUCUAGGACCCAGCGGGCAAGUGCGCCUGCCUCGCGCUUACCCCUCCCCCAAGCCGCCCCCUCCCCCCCACCCAUCUUUCAGGUUCCCCCUCCCUCCCCCCUCGCCCCGGCUCCCGGUGCCCGUCUCUAGCGCCGCCGGAGCCAGCGAGGGAGCCGGAGCGAACAGGAGGAGGAGGAGGAGGAGGAGGAGGCCACGUCGCCACCGCUCGGAGCCCGGCCGGAGCCUCCCAGGCAGGUACAUGGUUCGGGUCCGAGCCGUGGUGAUGGCCCGAGAUGACUCCAGUGGGGGCUGGCUGCCUGUGGGGGGCGGGGGCCUCAGCCAGGUGAGCGUAUGUCGGGUCCGAGGGGCCAGGCCCGAGGGGGGGGCCCGCCAGGGGCACUACGUCAUCCACGGGGAGCGCCUCCGGGACCAGAAAACCACCUUGGAGUGUACCCUGCGGCCAGGCUUGGUUUACAACAAGGUGAACCCCAUCUUCCAUCACUGGAGCCUGGGUGACUGCAAGUUUGGGCUGACGUUUCAGAGUCCGGCAGAGGCUGAUGAGUUCCAGAAGAGCCUGCUGGCAGCACUGGCUGCACUGGGUCGAGGCUCGCUCACCCCCUCCUCCUCCUCCUCCUCUUCCUCCUCCCCUUCCCAGGAUACCGCAGACACUCCCUGCCCUCUGACGUCCCACGUGGACAGCGACUCCUCCUCCAGUCACAGCCACCAGGAGACGCCUCCCACCGCAGCGGCGGCCCCCAUCGUCACCGUGGAGUCAGCUUCUGGCUUCGGGCCGGCCACGCCCCCCCAGCGCCGCCGCUCGUCAGCUCAGAGCUACCCUCCGCUCCUACCGUUCACGGGGAUUCCGGAGCCUUCAGAACCCCUGGCCGGGACAGGGGGGCUGGGCUGGGGCGGCCGCGGCUAUGAGGAUUACCGGCGAGCUGGGCCACCCGCACCCCUCGCCCUAUCCACCUGCGUCGUGCGCUUCGCCAAGACCGGCGCGUUGAGGGGCGCAGCCCUGGGGCCCCCCACAGCCCUGCCCGCCCCUCUCACCGAGGCUGUGCCUCCAGCACCCCCGAUUCGCCCACCCCCGGGCCCCGGCCCGGCCCCUGCACCUACCAAGGCCUCCCCGGAGGCGGAGGAGGCGGCGCGCUGCGUGCACUGCCGCGCGCUCUUCCGCCGUCGCGCCGACGGGCGUGGCGGCCGCUGCGCCGAGGCCCCGGACCCGGGUCGCCGGCUGGUGCGCCGUCUCAGCUGCCUGUGGUGCGCCGAGAGCUUGCUCUACCACUGCCUGUCGGAUGCCGAGGGCGACUUCUCGGACCCGUGCGCCUGCGAGCCGGGCCACCCGCGCCCCGCCGCGCGCUGGGCCGCGCUGGCCGCACUCUCCCUCGCCGUGCCCUGCCUCUGCUGCUACGCGCCCCUGCGCGCAUGCCACUGGGUCGCAGCGCGAUGCGGCUGCGCAGGCUGCGGGGGUCGCCACGAGGAGGCGGCGCGGUGAGGACGGCCUGGUGGGUCCGGUAGCCGGACCGAGGACCCAAAAUUGAGGGUCCAGGACCCCGGACUCCGUUCGGACCCCAAACCCAAACCUAGACACACCCGGAACUUGGAGCUUGAGUUUGGAUUGAGAGACCCCAGACCUGGAACCUGGACCCCAAAUGUAGGACUGAGAGACCCCAGAACCAGCUUCAUUGGGAUGUCUGUCCAAGAGGUCCCAGGCAUCCUGAGUUCUGGCGUCCCCGUUCUCCAUCCCCACUCCGCCCCGCUCUGGCCUAGACUGAGCAGAUUCCAGGGAUGCCCAGACUCUUCACCUCAGGCAGGCAGGGGAGCACACGGAUCCCUGAGAAUCGGGCUCUGAAUCCUGACUCACUGUUCAAAUUACCAAUCUAGACCCAGUCAUGCCUGGCACCAUGAACCCUCAAAUUACAACCCCAGAAUUAGGAGUUGCCGGUACCUGACCCUGCCUGUAUACAAUUACUCCCAGAUCUUGAGACCCUAAGACCCAGAAUCACCCCUAAAUCGUUCCUGAAUGCUCACCUAAAACUCGGAGCACCUGUAUCUGAGAUGUUCUUGUAGCCCCAGGACUUCUUAGAUACCGAAUCCUCUUAAGAUACUCUGAGUCCUUGGAUGUGCUCAAACGGAUGUUCUCUGACCCAAAUGACUUGGGAGACCCAUCUCAGAGCCCCCCCUCCCCACACGCACACUGCCCAAGAUCCAGAAUUAAGACUCCAAGAUGCUCUGUGAGCCAGGGAUCAAAGAAGUCUGUAGACCACCGACACCAAGCCUGUGUUCCCAGGAGCUUUCGACUUCAUAUGUAGGACUCUGAGAUGCCUAGUCCCGCAGGUGUAAGACUGGAGGCAACCAACACCUCAGGGCCCAACACAUUGGUCCCAACCCCUCAGAUAGCCCUCUUCCAAUCCUCCUUGGACUUGCAUUUCAAGCCCCAGAAUGUCCUGGAAUCUUUGGCUUCUUCGUACCCACAAAUUCCCCAAUCCACUAAAGGCUGGGAGCCCAGCUCCCACAAGAUGGGAUGUUCAUGGCAACUCAGACCUCUGACCCUUUGCCCCUGAGUGACCCCAAGGUGCUUUAGGAGCACUAGAUCCAAGACCCCAAGGUGCCAUUGACCCCCAAAUUCAGCACUCAAGCCUACACAAUAUUGGGAUCGUCCCUGACCCAAGACCUUGGUCCCUCCAUACCAGAGACAAAUCUGAGGCUCCCUGGGACCCUAGCACCUUCAGAUCCCAGAUUUCUUUGGACCCAAACCUCUCUAGCCUGAUACUUCCCAGGCCCAGCUUGUGCAUCCCCUGAGGCCUGCUGCCCAUUGAAUGCUGCCAUCCAUACGCCCCUGAAACCCCAAGUUCCCAGACACUGGAAUUCUAGUCUCAAGGGCUCCAGCCCAAGCUCUCAGUAUCCCACAGAACUACCCCUUUACCCUAAGGGGAAAAAAACAUUUUGAGGUAAUGUUCCUGGAUUCCAGGACCAACCAAGAGCACCCCUGCUCCCAUCUCUAGGACCCAGCAUUGCUGUAGAUGAUUGUGCAAGCUGUUCAUGAAGCAGAGGCACACAGCCAAGGUGGUGAGUGGGGCUGGCCAUGCUGUGCCCUCAGAGGAAGGUGGGCAUUGCACAAAGGCAACUAGAUAUGGCUCUAUUGGCACAAAGGCCACACACACACAUGCCAACCUUGCAGACUCUCUUCCAAGCCCAACUUUGAGUCCUAGCCCUAGUCCAAGCCUUUUAUGAUCUGCCCCUCUGUUAACUCCUUCUCUUCCAUUUCAGAGUUGGGGGUUGUUUCAGAAAGUUUGAAAGCGUGGUUCAUGGCCCAUUGAGAGUCCUCUUCUGGGGAAGGGGGAUUCCAAGGUCACUUUCCCCUGAGUGGAAUGGGACUUCUAGUGUACCACAGAUCUGAUGGCCUCCUGCGUUGGGGGGGGGGUAUCACGGUCUUGGAGCAACACAAUCUCAAUGUUGUACGGGCUUGGGACCUGCAUCUGGUCCCGAGCACCUUGAAAUGUGCACUUACCUUUCCUCAUUACCCAGACUUGGAUAGCCUUGUGGGCGUUCAAGGGAUAGGUCAAGGGGGCCAGAGGGGUGGAUCCUCCUGUCACUUCCUUUAAAUUAUUAACUAUUUAUUAUAUCCGGAACCUGUGAGAUUCAGCUCUCUCAAGCAGACCCUGGGAUGGGUGAGAGAAAAGGGGGGUGUCCCUCCCAUCCCCACUCUGCCCAGCUCUCAUCACUGUCAGACCCACCAGAGCUGAGGGCGGAGGGACUGGAGGCUGGGGCAGCCUGGGUCCCCAUCCCCCUCUCUGUGCCUCGGUCUCCUCCCUUCCGUGGUGGGCGGGGGGAAGCUCCAUUCUUAACCUACCUCGUUUUGGGGAGGGGUGGGACGGGGGACCAGAGUGCUGUAAGGUGCUGCGGGAUCUGCGGAUGAAGUGGGGGGCUGGGGGACGGUUCCCUGGCUCCCACCUCCCAGCACCGCCUCUCCCAGGUCUCCCAGUCCUGCUCCCUGCUGAUACCCACCUCUGAUCCAUGAUUACUCUUCAUCACCCCUAAAUCAGGGGUGCAUGGAGGGAUGACCCUGGGAGCCAGGAAGACCUCAGACCCUGGAGCCCCCAGGCCCAAUUUCCCAGCUGCUUGCCCCUCAGAUUGGAUGCUUGGCCCCCAUACUCGGGAGAGGCACCCCGACAUUUAUCUUCCUGAUCUUGAUUCUAAGCCAGUCUGUGACCUCAAUGUUGUUAUCAGGGCAGGCUGAAGUAGCGGGGGAUGAUGCGGGCCGAAGACCCAGCCUUGUCAUCGGGGGAGGGGGCAUGAGAUAUCGGCUCCAAGAAAUGUCUGUGACAAAGUCUCAGCCUGUGUUCUUUAUUUGCAUUGAUGCACCCCAUCCAUUCACCUUCCUGAACCACCAGACCAGUCCCCUACCCAAAUCCUCCUUUCCCCUUCCCAUCCUUUAGUCCCAAGCAGAUCCUCCAGCUGAAUCUUAUACCUCCAGUCACUCUACAUUUAUUGGACACCCUUUUUAUUGGCGCUGGGGAUAAGGCAGUGAACAGAACAGACAAAAAUUGGGGAAUUCCCUGGCGGUCCAGUGGUUAGGACUCCACAUCACUUUCACUGCCAAGGGUGCAGUUUCAAUCCCUGGUUGGGAAACUAAGAUCCCU